AUGGCUGCUGCAGAACAGCUCGACUUACAACGGAUAGAAUUCAUCAAGGAGUGUAUCCUCGACCAGAACGCCAUCCAUCGCUCGCUUCCCGUCCGGAUCUGGCCUUCCCAACAGCAGUAUAUUAUGAAUAGUGAGAAUCAUGUUGUUGCGAUUAUGCAGCAGGCUCCUAAGAAGGUUGCUAGUAACCAUAAGGGAGGAGAGGCGUCGGUUAGGAGUGAAGGUUCAGAGCCAGGUCAUUCGAGGACGGUGACAAGGACUCUAAGUAAGGCGAUUGGGUUUGUUGAGAGGUUGUGUCAUCGUGGAUCAGACUCGGGCUCUGGAUCGCCGUCUUCAGGAACUGCGGAGGUUCAGGACUCAAAUGGAGGGAUUCAGAUGAUGACGAUAGCCGCAGUUUCGGGUCCUGUCCCGACGCAGUGCAGCAGCAACAGCAAUGGAAGGCGGGGUAGCUAUACAGAGUCGAUGGCAGAGGACGUGUGUUGCUCGAUCUGUUUGUGCGAGUACGUCGCUGAUGACCGUGUCAGGGUCUUGCCAUGUGCCCAUGAGUACCAUGCCGAGUGCAUAGGUAAGCCUUGA